AGCGAUCUCAAUGACUCCUGAGAGCACGCAGGUGGAUGUGAAGGAUUCUUCCUCCCCAAAACGCGAGCAGCUUUCUUCGUUUCGGUUUCUGCUCUGCCAGACGAGCGAAGGAAACCCCGUGCGCCACCGCCCGGUGUCGAGACACCGCGUGGCGCUUUUCGGUUCUGCCCCUCGGCGCGGCUCCCUUUUCUGCUUCGCGUUAGUCUUCAGCUUUCGUCUGUCGUUAUAUUGGCCUCACAGGCGCUCCUCGGUCUCUUUGGUGUUCUUAUGAUUCGUGUCUGCGCCCCUGACUGCAUGCAGAGUGCGCGGCAGACCGGACUUUCUGUCCUGGAGCGUGCACGGCGCGCCUCUGGCGUCUCCCGCUCGUCUCUCCCUGUCUGGGCAGUCCUAAGGACUUGGAGGGAUUUUUUCUCUUCCUAUACCUUCGCGACUCGCUGCUUCGCUUCUCGCCGGAAAGACCCCUGCUCACUUUGUCGCUCUCUCUCCGGCUGUCUUUUCUGCACCUCGUCUUCGCCUUAGCUUCCUGUGUUCCUCUUCGGCUGUCCUUUUCCUCUCCACCGUUGUGCCCCGCUUUCUCUUGUCUCACCCCCUUCUUCUUUCUUUUGCGCCCUUUCCGGCUUUCCUUUCCGGAGCCUCAGAGGGUUCUCUCUUUCCGGCCGUGUGUGGUUUUCCACUUGAAAACGACCUUUCAUUUCUUCGCUGCGCAUGCAAGCUGCCUGAUCGAUCCUCGUUCUCCGCGCAAGAGUUCUUUCGGGAACAACGCACUGAGACACCCGAGUCGACGCUCCGAUCUCCGUCUGUGGGUAUCACAUUCUCCAGCCUGACCAGGUGUACGUACACCCGACGCGGACGGCGACGCAGAGUGUCUCGCGGGCGCGUCUCCUGCAGGCGCGGCGUCGCGCUCGACGGAGACGAGCGCGACAGCCUCCGCCUUUGCACGGUUCAGGCGCCUUUGAGAGAUCUUUUCGUCUUCACUUUCGCAGGCCUUCCUUCUGCUCCUCGCUUCUUGACCUCGACUGCUCCUGGGUACUCGGUGUCGCCGCCCUUGUGCACCCGAGCCGCUUUCUCUGCGGCUUCUGGGGAGACGAGAACUCCUUCGUUCGGCACACAGAGACGGAGACGAGACAUUCUUUUCUCAGAACGAAAAAAACAAACGCAGGUCCGCUAGGAAAUUCCAUUCAGGUACAAUGUGAAGUGGUGUCAUGAACAGGCUGAUUGGCGUUGAGUCUUCUGCGUGUGAGAGUUCGACCGGAUCAUCAGCCGCUGAAGAGCAAUGUGCCUCAGCAGAUGCUGCUUCGGUCGCCCGGGGAGACAGGCGUGGCUUCUUCGAGCUUUGAGGAGCCUUUCCAGCCUUCUCUUCCUUCUGCUCUUGUCCGUCAAUGGAAUCUGCACUGUCUCGCAUGCAACUGCUGCGAAACCUACGAAGGCAGAGCAUUUCCAGUGUCCCGCUUCGCCCGGCGAAUCCUGUUCCUCCUUUCCUCUUUCUCCUUUCUCUUCAUCCUCUCCUUCUUCCUCUCCUUCUUCCUCUCGUUCUUCACCCACUCCUGCUUCUUCUUCCUCUUCUCCGUCAUCGCCUUCGUCUCCUCUGAAGAAAACAACUGUGUUUUCCCCUUCGGUGUCGUCUUCUCCGUUUGCGUCUCUGCCUCCGUUUCCGCGAGGGGUCCGCCCUGCGAACGUCCGGUUUACUUUCUCUCGCCGAGUCGAGAAGGUUUCGGCCUUUACCUUCUGGAUUAACUGGCUGCUGCUUUUGCUCGCUUCGCUCCUGGUUGCAUGCGUCCUCCUCGUCGCCCUCCUGGGGGAGGCCCGACUCUGGGCGCUCGCUGAACGGGUGUCUCCCGCACUCCGGCUCUGGCGGAAAAACCGAAAAAAAAUGCAGCGCGAGGCUGGCAGGCUUGCAUGCGCCUACGAAGAGAAAAGAGAGCAGCGCUCCAAGCAAAUUACGGAAAUGAUCUUCGCAGUCGAAACGCACAAUGCCGAGAAACAGCUGGAGUGUUUUCGGAGCAUCGAGGCGCUCGAGGCGGAGCUCCUAGAAAUCCGAAAAGAAUUUCUCGCCGUGCGUGGCAGGCUGGAUGUCUGCGCCCAGGCGCGCGCUCUGGUGAGGACGCUGAGGUGCCCAAGUGUCUCUGCGUCUGUGCUGGCUGCCGAGCCGAGCGAGGACGCGGCGUCCUCACUCCUGUCCUCGAUGACCAUCGACUCAGUUCUCCAGCGACGCUCGACGCCCUUCCGCCGGAGAAGGAGAAGGCAAGAAACAGAGAAGGCAAGACGCGCGGGAGUUCAGAGCUCUGCGUGGCGAGGAGAUCGUGCAGCAGCGCAGAGCGAGACAGACGAAGAAGAAGAGAGCCCCGCAGAGACGGAAGAAGAGGCCGAGGACAGUGAAGAAGAAGGGCAAGAAGAGGAGGGAGAAGAGACAGGUGAAGUUGAGAGUUUGGAAGAGACACGGCUGUUGUCAGAGGAGGCUGAGGAGGCUCACCGUCUCGUUCGUUACUCGUCGUCUUCUUCUCUAUCGUCCGCAGCAGAUUCAGUAGUUGAAGAAGGCAUUGUCAAAGACGCACUGGAGGAACGACGAGAAUUUCGCGUCUCCGAAGACGCGCGAGAACAUCGAGAACAAGCGCAAAGAGACGCAGCGACAACCACGUGGAGAGGCACUCUCAUGGAAGGCGCGCUGUUGGGCCACCGAUUCGAACAACUCCAAAAGAGAAAGCUAAUCAAUUCCGCUAAAGUUCUUCAACACUAGAGUCCUUUAUCUGUACAGCUCUCUCUGUGCAUGCAUAGGGCCGCAAACACACAUACGCACAUUGAGAUAUAUAUAUAUAUAUAUAUAUAUAUAGCUGUUAACAUAUAUAUAUAUAUAUAUAUAUGUAUAUAUGUAUAUGUAUUUAUAUGUAGAUGCAUGGGUAUAAAUGUUCAUCUAGGUUUUUGUGGUUGUGUGUGGAGGGGAAGACGAGACAGGUGGUUGAGGGUUCGUGGACAGGUAGUCGAUUUUCUACGUCAGACUCGUGCUGCUUUCUGGUGUGGUGCUGGCGAAGAACAAUUUGCGCUUUCCAUCCCUGCGCAUCGGGUAAUUCGCUGCGAAACGAGACAGGAGCAAGAAGCUUGAGAGUUGCGUAAAUCGUUCACCGG